CCUUAUUUUAUCUCCAUCUUCUUCAUCCAAAACCAAGCCCAACCUUAGAACCACAUGAACCCUAAUUGGAGAUUUGGGGCGGGUUGGGUCAAAGCUAAAAUUACAAACUGUGGAAAUUGCAUCGAUGAGAAGAGCAGGGGUUGGGGAGGAGGAGGAGGAGGUACCGGAGAUCAAGAACACGGCGUAGAUCAAAAAAGCAGUCCAAUCAAGAUUGAUGGUUUCAGUUUCGAUCCCCAACGGAGCUAUGGUGGGCUUCGUUCGACGUCAUUUCAGUUUCAAAUGCGCGGUGGAGUACAGCAGAGACCAUAAAGCAGCAACGUCCAAGUUCCCGCGGCGCAUCCUCGAUCCGCCGAGGUCCAGUGGAAGAAGGAGCUCUACGGUGCAACUCAUCGGCGGUCGUCGGUCUUCCCGUCGAAAUUAAGCACCUUCCCUUUGGUAAAGUAUGGUAAUAUCAGAAUUUGGCUCUUUUAUGAUCGUUGAAAAGUAUAAGAUGGAGGCUAAAUCCAAUUCUUCGUUGACCCAGUUUUCUUGAAUAAACGUGAUUUUGAUUAUUAAACAACCCCCUCAAGGACCAAGACUCGAAAGUGAUCUCUUUUGAAUUUGCUACAUAAUGAAUGGUACAAAAGCUCAUCACAACAUAUUCAAAUUCAAAUUUGCAAUAGACUCUCUCGCCUCCUCCACACAACGCCCGCUCUCUCUAGGAGACUUGUCUUUGAGCAUUUCAGCAGCCAGGAGCUCAAGGCGGAGACCCUCGCAGCCUUCAAUCGCCCUUCAUUUUCUUCGAAGGAGACGCAAUGGUUGAUCAGGUUCAACACCCUACUGUCAUGCAAAAGGUAGCUGGCCAGCUCCUUCAGCAAUCCAUUCAGGGAUAUGAUACUGGCUUCCAAAGGCAGGGGAUGUACCAGAGACGUCCUGCAUAUGGAAAUUACUCCAAUGCUGCAUUGCAAUAUCCCAUGAUGCCUGCUUGCAGAGCUACCACUGAUCUGUCCAUGAUUCCAUCAACUGCAUCCCCAGUUUUUGUGCAAGCCCCCGCAGAGAAAAGCCACUUUGUCAUUGAUUUCCUUAUGGGUGGUGUUUCUGCUGCUGUAUCUAAGACCGCUGCUGCUCCCCUUGAGCGUGUCAAGCUUUUGGUUCAGAACCAGGAUGAAAUGAUCAAGUCUGGUCGGUUGUCUCAACCCUACAAGGGCAUUGGUGAGUGCUUCUCCAGAAUAAUCAAGGAAGAAGGAUUUGGUUCAUUGUGGAGAGGAAACACUGCCAACGUCAUCCGUUACUUCCCCACUCAGGCGUUCAACUUUGCAUUCAAGGAUUACUUCAAGAGGCUAUUCAAUUUCAAGAAAGACAGGGAUGGUUAUUGGAAGUGGUUUGCUGGUAACUUGGCCUCAGGAGCUGCAGCUGGUGCUUCUUCUUCUUUGUUCGUCUACUCUUUGGACUAUGCUCGUACCCGUUUGACUAAUGAUUCUAAGGCUGCAAAGAUGGGAGGAGAGAGACAAUUCAAUGGUCUGAUUGAUGUCUACAAGAAGACAUUGAAAUCUGAUGGUAUUGCUGGUCUAUACCGUGGAUUCAGUGUAUCAAUUGUUGGUAUCAUUGUUUACCGUGGUUUGUACUUUGGACUGUAUGAUUCACUCAAGCCUGUGGUCCUAAAGGGAAGUUUGCAGGAUAGUUUCUUUGCUAGCUUUGCUCUUGGAUGGGUCAUCACUACUGGUGCUGGUCUUGCUGCCUACCCAAUGGACACUGUUCGUAGAAGAAUGAUGAUGACCUCCGGUGAAGCCGUCAAGUACAAGAGUUCUUUUGAUGCCUUCAAGCAGAUCUUGAAGAAUGAGGGUGCCAAGUCCCUGUUCAAGGGUGCUGGUGCAAACAUCCUCCGUGGCAUUGCUGGUGCUGGUGUCCUUUCUGGUUAUGACAAGUUGCAGCUGAUUGUGUUCGGGAAGAAGUAUGGUUCUGGAUCUGGUUAAGAAUGUCUCGUCUCCCAAGCCAGAUAGCUUUUAGAUGGUGAUGAAAAUCUCUUCUUUUUUUUUUAGUCUGAAGUACUUAUUUCGGCAAAAUUUUUCUUGAAUAAUUCAGUUAUAGGGGAGUUGUUCCCAAACAGAUUUUUACAAUGGGAUUGAUUUUUGUUCUCAUAAGCCAGAUUUUUACUGUGAGUGGUGUAAAUUUCACACAUAUUUGGAAUUUUAGUCAGAUGAUAUGCUGGUUAUUUUGAGUGUUUCAA